GAGGACACGAGGUGGGUCGGAAGAGGUCCGAAGGGCCAGCUGUGUGGCAGAAUUCACCACAUCUUGAUGGAGGGCUGAUGUUUUCGGCAUUGGGCACUGGCAGCCAAGAUGACCAGGAGGGUCGCAAGACCUUGCACCGCCUUGGUGAACGCUACAGGGCGCCAGGGAUCCAAAGGGAUGUUGGUUCCAUGGCAUCGGAAGAAAGUGAGAGGAGGUAUCGCGUGGGAAACUUCACAAAGGGGAUCUCAGAGAAGAAGGAUGUCGCAACGGCUGGAAAAGCAUUUGCGGCGGGGAAAGCAUUUCUGGCAGGGAACAUAGCGUCUUUGGAAUUGUGUGCUGCACUGGCAGCGGUGAUCUUCUUCUCGGGCAAGUUGGUCGACAAUUCGUGCAAGAUCCGCUUGGUGCUGUCAGCGCGCACCGACAACUUGGGAAACACCGACGUCCUCCAACAUGUCGCCAACAUGUCAUGUCCUGCACGCCAAAGUGAAGAAGCAGAUGCCUUCACGAAUAGGGAGCUCGGACGAUUCGCCGAAGAGAUGAGGAAAGUUUUUCUGGCUCCGUUCCAUGGACAAGAUCUACCACAGAUCAGAACGCAGAUCGAAAAGGAGCACCAAACACAGCAGUGCAUUGUGCCCGAGAUCUGCGACGAACGCGAAGCCAUUCUGGAGGUGAAGCCGCGAGGGAUUCACCAGGUCUCAGUGACCCAAAGAGGUCCGCACACUGGUGCCUGUAGUCGGGACGUCUUGGCGCAGUGUCAGGCUUCAGACUCCAGCGUCGCGGGGACACAGCUGCCAUGCGACGCAACACUAGCCUUUGCUGAAAGCCCGGCAUGGAAGAAAGUACCGAAGUUGAAACUGCAACACUUUCAAAUUGCGGAUCAGUGUGUUUUUGAAUUUGCCGCGUUCCACACACCCUGUCAUGGCCACCCUCAUCCUGAAACCAGGCCUGAGGUAAGCGAUCCCGGCAAUGGAAGCAAUCCAUUUGCUGGUGUAUCUUUGUUUGGAAGCGGAAGUGGCGCCACGACUUCGACCUUUGCGAGUCCAGCCACAGGGUUUCCUUCAAAUGGACCACCUAAAGAGUCCGGCAAUCCCUUCAUGGGCCUCUCGCUCUUCUCUUCCCCAACGGCAGGAGGAAAACUUUUCACAGCAGCGGUCACAACGCUGCAAAAGCAAACAUCUGACGGUGACUUGCAAUCUGCCAAAGCUGAUGGAAACGAGGAGGAGCAACGUGAAGAAGAUGAUGGGCAUGCUGAAGAUGCAAAUGAAGCCCAUGAAACCAAUGAUGCAAAUGAUGGGGAAUCUGUUGGAGAUGAGCCGACAGGUGAAGAGGAUGAAGAGGUGAUAUUCCGUGCAGAUUGUAAGCUUUGGAAACUUGUCAAGGUACAUCCUGCAGAAGGAGAUUCGAAAUCCGAGGGGUGGCGAUGGCAAGAGCGAGGUUGCGGCAUUGUGCACAUCAACAGGCACAAAGCCACAGGGGCUGGCCGUUUGGUGAUGCGCAUGCGCGGUGUUUUGAAGCUGCUGCUGAACACGCCCAUUUUUCCAACAACAAGGUAUGAGAAAGUUGGGCAGAAGUCUGUACGCUUUGUUGGUGUGGACAACGACGAGUCUGGCAAGGACUCGUCCAUGGCCUGCAUGUUUGCAAGGUGA